AUGAAAGUUGUCGACACUGACAUGAUGAGCUGCGUGGAGAAGCGUCACAUGAGCCACCGGAUGGGCGCCAUGCUUCAUCAUCGCUUUCCCAACGGCUUCACGGAUUUGUUUAUGGAUGAGACGGACCGCGAGGUCAGCACGCUCACUGACCGGGCCUUCAGGAGCCUCUGUAUCGGAGACGACGCUGUUUAUAACGACGAGUUCACAUAUGGAUACUCACCUUUCAGCUGCCACAAGCCUCUGGCAGGAGAACCUCACAAAAAGACUAAAGAAAACAAGAAGCAGAGUCGCAGUGACAAAUAUGAAGGGCAGCCAUGGAACAAGCACCAGCACAAAACCAUGUCUCAAAUGUCUUCUUUCCUCAAGGCCCUGAGUGCGACUGAGGGAAGCUACGAGGGCAUGUUCAAGAAAAACGGUGUGACUGAUUCAAACGGAGAAUCAUGGGACAAAUCAGCGCUGCGCAGCAUCCAAAAGGAGCUGUCAGAUUUCUCUGCCGAUUAUGAAGGACACUAUAAAAACCCCUCCGGAAAUCCUUCAACAAAUAAAGAGAGCAAAGACAAUUCCUUAUCAAAAAAUUCGCAUUUCAAAGCAAAUGUAAAACUCAAAAAGCUCAACAUAAAGAACUUUUUCCUGCACAGUGAGUUUAGCCCUUUUCAAGCGUGGGCCGACAUGAACCGCUUCUCUUUCGGCCAUGACACCAUCGUCUCCUCUAUUCUCCCUGAAGAGCCGGAGCCGAAAUGGUACGAUUUGUCUUUUUACAAGCAGCUGACAGAGGCACCGCAGACAGACACCGCAGUCUCAGAGCCGACACAUUCAUGCCAGAGAGAGGUCACUGAGGCGCCCCCUCCUCCUGCCCCCACUGAACCCAAACCCAUUCCUCCUCCUGUACCUCCAAAGGUCCUGCCAAAGCCUUCUGUAACUGCGGCUGAGAAGAGGUGCACGUCGGAGGGUGGGGAUGGACCUGCUGCCCCCUGGAGGCGCAACAGAGGAAGCUUGACGGGGUCAGACACUUUGGUGGUGGAUGAUAAAACAUUAGAUCCACCCGAAAUACAUGAAGAACUGAAAGAGCUCGCUGAUGCCACAAGGCCGCUGGAUACUGCCAAAGUAGAAGAUGAUUUGCCACCUCCUGCUCGGCUAAUCCUACCCACAAGCAGGAGCCCUCCAAAUGAAAUACUCAAGGUUCAGGACCAAUCCUUCCUGAUGGUCCCAGAGCAGGAGGGGAGAUUCUCUGGGGUAAGUCCACAGUCUGAGGAAGUGGACAGCACAGCGGGAAGCACAGUGGAGAUAGCUGAAGAAGGGGGGCUGGAAGGUGUGCUCUCAAAAGUCCCCAGUGAGCGAUCUGGUUCGACCUGCAGUGGAAAUGACAGUCAGACAGGUCUGCCAAAACCUCCUGCCGUCCUGCCUAAAACAGAGAAGGCGGUUCUUAAAGCCAUUAAGUUAACAAACAGAAGAAUUAAGAAAGAAGAAGCCCACACCUCACACAAAUCCAGCCACAGCAGCAGUAAGCACAAGUCUGACAGGCACAAGAGUGACAAAAGCAGCAGCAGCAGCAGCAGUCGGAAUCCUAAAAGUGGAGAGAGAAAACACAAAGAAAAGUCUAUCCCCAAGGUUGAAGACAAUGCAGCUCUCUCCAGCCACAACCUCAAUGACUUAAAAGAGAUAGAACAACCCGCUCAAAGACAAAGUGUUGAAUCUGGAGAAAGCUCGAGGCACAGAGAUGGAUUUGUUGGUCUCAGUGAGAGGCAGGGGCGCAGCAGUGAUCGGAGAGCGAGGGAGAAGCCAGAGCACAGGCACUACAGCAGUGACCGGAUCAUUAGCAAUGUGCCUGUGUACAAGAACUAUGCCGGAGACAAGACGAGCUCCGAGAGGCCGUUCCAGCGCUCCAUGAGCACUGACAGGUACAUGGAGAGCAAAGUGCAACGCAGGCUCAGUGCUGACAUGUCUAACUAUGACAGAGUGGAUCCGAGAAGCCAGAGAAUUGAGAAAUCGAUCGUGGAUGAGCUGCAGCAGAGAGGCAGGCAGAAGGAGAGGCAGAGCAAGGAAAACCCGCUGCGAAGGAGCCACAGCAUUGACGCCCAGAGCACAGCUGUUCUCCACCCGGCGAACCUGUCUCGUCAGUCCAGCCUCAGCAGCCAGCUCUCACGCCAGUCCAGCAUCGAGCACGCCAUCGUGGCCUCAUCCUUCCCCAUCACACAGAGGAAGCUCCUCCAGGAUCCAGACUCAGGGCAGUAUUUCUUUGUGGACAUGCCGGUGCAAGUCAAAACCAAAACCUUCUUUGAUCCAGAGACGGGGACGUAUGUGCAGCUCCCAGUGCAGCCUCCAGAGGGAGCUAUACCACAGCCCUCUCCCAUGGAGGUUCUGAGCCCCCCCCUCAUGGUGUACCACAGCUUUGUCCCGGUGUCUCUGUCCCCCAUGACUCAGGCGGCCCCUGAGCAGCUGAUCAGGCAUUCUGAGGGCCACCCGUACUUGGAGCCGGUGUUUGGGCAGCACGAGCACGUGUUAGGAGAGUUCUUAGGCACUGAGGAGCUGGACUGCCCAAGCUAA